AUGUCUCACUACCCUGCUCUACACUAUCCUGAGGUAUACAUCUUAGAAGGCGGAUUUGCGAGAUACUUUGCCCAUUCUCCUCAGCAUUGUGAAGGAACCUAUGUUGGUAUGGACGAUCCCAGCCAUCGGAGUGAUCGACACACGGAUCUAAACCAGUUCCGCACACGCGAAAACGCGUUUUCUGCGAGGGCCAAAAGCUUCACAUAUGGCGAGAACCAAAAGUUAAUGAAAAACGGUGGCCGUCAGAAAAAGCCCGUCUUUCUCUUCGAUCAAACCCGCUGCGAUUCUCGCAAGUCGCCGAUCAUAUAUGAAUGA